AUGGUACAUCUACGAAAGGAGCAACUACGCCAAAUGUUAAAGAAAUCUGAAAAAGACGUUGAAACUACCAAAGUUGUCCCAUUUACGAAAGGCAAAAGCGUUGCUUCAAAUCUUGAAAAACACCAAACAUUGAAGAAAUCAAGAAAGAGGAAAGAAGAGCUUGAUGAUGAGGAUAUUGAGAUAAUUACAAAAGGCUCCGGCUCAGACUUCCUUUUCUUGACCGCAGAAAAACUUUUGGCUCCUUAUAAUCUUUCUAGUGUCCAGCUACAAGAAUCACCAAAUUGA